GCCAAGGCCAGGGUCGAGCCAAAGAAGGAGACGAAGGAAGAGAAGAGCACAAAGGCUGAGAAGAGCAAGAAGGAGGAGAAGAGCGCAAAGGAGGAUAAGAACACAAAGGACGACAAGAACAAGAAGGACGAGAAGAGCAAGAAAGACGAGUUUUGUGAGCGUUGCUUCGAGAGAGACGAUAAGAACACAAAGGAAGAGAAGAGCAAGAAAGACGAGAAGAGCAAGAAAGACGAGAAGAGCAAGAAGGAAGAGAAGAGCAAGAAGGAGGAGAAGAGCCCAAAGGAUGAUAAGAACACAAAGGAAGAGAAGAGCAAGAAGGAGGAGAAGAGCAAGAAGGAUGAGAAGAGCAAGAAGGACGAGAAGAGCAAGAAGGAAGAGAAGAGCAAGAAGGAAACUAAAGACAAGGAUGAUGAUAAGAAGGAUAAGAAAAAGAAGAUCAACAGAGGGGA